AGGCUACUGACCAUCUCGACCCUCCGUGCCAAACUUGCCCAAUCCCCGCUCACGAACCACAUCCCGCCAGCCACUACUUAACCCCAACAACUACUUCUUCUUCUUCUUCUUUUUCCGACUCGCGCGACUAAUCCUCUUACUCCUGCGACACUUCCUCGCCGUCUUCGGGAAACUCCCAUGGGUCCUCGUAUUAAUGGAGAAGGCAUCGCGCGUCGGAGUCUGCUUCGUAGUCCGCUUCGCAGGAGGUUUCGGGGCCUUAUCCCCAUCCCCAUCCCCAUCACCGUCUCCAUCUCCAUCUCCAGGAGCCGCCUGCUUCGAAGCAUCAUCCGCAGCAUCAUCCGCAGCCGCAGCCGCAGCACCUUUCCGCGCCCUCCCGCGCUUCCGCUUCAGCGUCGUCCCCACCGCGUCCGCCGACGGGUCGAACUUCCCCGGGAACGGCGGCAGCUGGUCGAUCUGGCCCUCGAGCCCGAUCGUGGUGCGAUCGCGGAUCUCGACGCCGGACCACAUCCUCAUCCGGCGCCGGAUCCUCCCGGGCGGCCAGUACGUCGGGGCAUUCUUCAGGAGCGUGUCGGCCGCUUGCUGGACCAGCUUGUCCGUGUACUCGCGGCUGCGCCACGGCGAGGGGGCGGUCUUCUUGCCGGUUUGGGUUUGGGUUUGGGUUUUGUCGGUUGUGGUUUUGGUUGCUUCCUCCCCCUCUCCUUCCUGCUCCGGGACUGGGGCUGGAGCUGGGGGUAGGGGUGGGGGUGGGGCGGCCCCCUUGGAGACUUGCUGGCCGGUUUGGUUGGUGGGGAUCGGGUCUGGUAGAUGGGGUGGUGGUGGUGGUGGUGAUGAUGAUGCUGCUGCUGCUGCUGUCGCCUCUUUUGGAACUGGCUGGCUAGUCUGCGUGGUGGGUUUUGGGCCUGGUAGCUUGGAUAUCGGGAUAUUUUCUUGGUCGCUCAACGGGGCUGCCAGAAUUUUGCCGGUGGUUUGGUUAGUCAGAUAGAUACAAAACCAUUUUGCGCAAAGCUGGCAUAAAGAACUGUUGCUGUGUUUGGCCCUUACAUGGUCGUGGUGAAUUCAGGUCGCCCUCGUGAGGCACCUCGGCGUGAGGUUCAGUCUCCCCAUCUGAGGGGCCUGGUAUCGGAGCGGGAUUAGUGGCUUCUUCGGGAUCAUCAUCAUCCCGCGCUGCGUGUAUACACGGAGCAAUCAGCUUCUUACGAGGUAUAUAGCACGCAAGCAAGUAUGGGGAGCAGGAAUGCAAGGGACGCAAGGGAUGUAUCAUAAAGAAUGUGAGCAGGGACGGUGCA